UGGCGAGAUGGGACCAUCAUGACCCUUCAUAACACUGGUACGGACGAACUUCACACUGGUUGGUACGCUUCGCUCAGCAGAAUCUCAAACAUCGCCACCUUCAAGUUCUUCCCUAUCUCUGCUUUCUUUGGUCCUGGUAUUCAUCCCAUAGGACCCGUACUGAAUCAUGAUUGCGAUGUCACGGUCGAUCCUGGUGCAGCAGAGGAUCGGAAAGACGUCCCUCGAGGUGGAAAGAACAGGAAUGACAGGAAACGUUCACAAACGAUGUCGAACAGAAUGAAGUGUCUCGGAGUAUCAUACGUUGACUCCUCGAGCGCGACAGGUGGCUGCCGUGUAACAUGCAGAAUUGGGAUACGGGAGCACUCGCCUAUUGUCCCGACUCUAGCAUUCUGUGCGUUGGGAUACAUGGGAAACCUCCACGGUCCUCUGGCUGUGACGGUCGACAAGGUUCUGAACGACUACAUCCAUGGCAUUCUCCAAUACGCAAUGGUAGCUCGGGUAGUGACCCCAGAUAGGCGUAGACGUCGAGCUUAUCCGCGAUGUUUGCUAAAGGACUAUGAGUGGUGA